UCAGCACAGAGCCUGACAUGGGGCUCAAACCUGCCGAUCACAAGAUCAUGACCUGAGCUGAAGUCAGACGCUUAACUGACUGAGCCUCUCAAGCACCCUGUGGAUUUGUAUUUUAUUUUGGGAGAUCCUUCAACUAACUAUGCCCUUUUAACAUGUCUCUGUCAUUCUUUUAUUUUUUAAUUAUUUUUUAAUGUUUAUUUUUGAGCGAGAGAGGGAGACGCAGAAUCUGAAACAGCUCCAGGCUCUGAGCUGUCAGCACAGAGCCCGACUCGGGGCUCGAACCCACAAACCACGAGAUCAUGACCUGAGCCCAAGACAGAUGCUCAACUGCCUGAGCCAUCCAGGUGCCCCUCCUUGUCAUUCUUUUAGCACUUCUUUACUUUGUGACGCAACAAGAUGUUCUUGGGUCUUCUCACACAUCCCCACAUCCCCUGUUCAGCUCCAUGUCUUCCUUUUAGGCAAGUUUACGUUUCUUCUCUUUGGGAUGUGCCCAGGAACAACGGCAGGUGCAAUGGCUCCUCUGUGGCCCUUCAUCCUGGUGGCUGCCUCAGAAAUACUAGUUACAGAUACACCUCAUCCCAGGAAUUCUACUCUAUAUCGUCUCACCAAGCAGCUAUUACAGAAAUAUCACAAGAAAGUGAGGCCAGUUCAUGACCGGACUGAGGCCACCAUGGUAUACCUGGAUGUAUUUGUCCAUGCCGUAUUGGAUGUGGAUGCACAGAAUCAAAAAUUAAAGACCAGUAUAUUGUACUAUGAGGUUUGGGAUGAUGAAUUUUUAUCCUGGAGCCCCACCAUGUUUGAUGGGAUCAGGGAGAUCUCUCUACCUCUAAGCGCCAUCUGGGCCCCUGAUAUCAUCAUCAGUGAGUUUGUGGACAUUGAAUGAUCACCCGGCCUCCCCUAUGUCUAUGUGAACUCAUCUGGGACCAUUAAGAAUGCUAAGCCUAUCCAGAUGGUUUCCACAUGCAAUUUAGAGACAAGCGCUUUUCCAUUUGAUAUGCAGAACUGCAGCCUAACUUUCAGUAGCAUCCUGCACACGGUGGAAGAUGUAGACCUGGCCUUCCUGAGGAGCAGAGAAGACAUUAAGCAUGACAAAAAGGAAUUUUUGAAGGACAGUGAGUGGGAGCUUCUUUCUGUGUCCUCAACAUACAACAUCCUGCAGAGCAACACUGGAGAUUUUGCACAGAUUCAGUUUAACGUGGUGAUUCGCAGGCGCCCACUGGUCUACGUCAUGAGCCUGCUGAUUCCCAGCAUCUUCCUCGUGCUCGUGGAUCUGGGAAGCUUUUACCUGCCACCCACCUGCUGAGCCAGGAUUGUGUUCAAGACCAAUGUGCUGGUGGGCUACACCGUCUUCAGGGUCAACAUGUCUGAUGAGAUGCCAAGGAGCGCAGUGAGCACCCCUCUGAUCGGAGUCUUCUUCACAAUUUGCAUGGCCUUCUUGGUUUUCGGCUUAUUUAAGUCCAUCCUCUUGGUCACAUUCCUCCAUGAUGAGUGCAGCAGUGAGCAAGAGUGGCCCCUCUCAUGCCUUCAAGGGGACAUUGACGCUGACGGGCCUAGAAGAGAUCCCCAAGCCCAGCCUGCUGGGGUGACAGAGCCCUCCGUCUGUCGAGAACACCAGGCCCAGUCAGAGACCCUGAAGGAAGUCUCGUUCCAGCUUAAGUCCAUCAGCACCUACUUCCAAACCUGGGACCAGGAGGACCGACAAGAGGUUAAGUGGCUGGCCUUCCUGGAACGUUUUGAUCGACUGCUCUUUAAAGCGUGCCUCGUCGUGCUGGGGCUCUAUGCCGUGAGCCUGUGCUCCCUCUGGGCGCUGGGGAGCAGCUUGUGA